AUGGCUAUUGUGGAGAACUGGCUUCCACCGUCGCGCGAGAAUUGGGAGCUGAUUUGCUACAUCUGGCAGUUCUUCCCUAUUAUCACUGCAGCUCAAUGGGUUCUGGACUGGUACCCACAGGGCAAGACGUCGAUUGAAUCGCGUUUCAACAUCGACGGCAAGAUAGGGUGGGCAACGAUGGAAUCGGCGGGCUUUAUAACCCUGCUGUACAUCAUGUACUCGCUCCCGAAAGAAUUGGGUCUUGGAGAGCUACCCUGGGGUAAUUGGACUAUGGCUGGCUGCUUUGUGUUCCACUAUCUCUACCGCGCCGUUGUGUCUCCCCUCUUGCUCAAUCCUAGCAUGUCGCCAAUACAUCCUUUUGUUUGGACCAUGGCAUUUGGGUUCCAGAUGUUCAACGCAAUCUCCAUUGGCGGGUACCUCGCAGGCUACGGCCCGACAUCACAAUACGAAUGGGCAGCACGAUCAGAGUACAUGUUUCUAGGGCUCGUAAUCUGGUGCUGGGGACUUCUAGCGAACAUGUUCCACGACGACGACCUGCGCGAGAUCAGGAGAGCGGCAGAUCGCAAACAGCGCAAGGCAGCCGCCGAACAGGGCAAGCCAGUGGAGAGCGUGGACAAGAUCUACAUGGUACCGAAGAAUGGUCUGUUCAAGUACUCGCUGCACGCGCACUACCUCUGCGAAUGGAUCGAGUGGGCGGGCUGGUGGAUGAUUGGGGGUUGGAAGUGUGUGCCUGCACGCACGUUUCUCCUCAACGAGGUGACUACCAUGCUUCCGCGUGCGUUGCAGGGCAAGAGGUGGUACGAGAAGAAGUUUGGGAAGGAUAAGCUGCAAGGGCGCAAGGCCAUAAUUCCGGGCGUGCUUUAG